ACGCAUCCGACGAACGCGUGACUCAGGCAGUGCAAGACAGUCUGGGGACCGGAAGUGCCUGGCGUAAUUGCGCAGACAGGUGAUCGGAAACAACAGAGGGAGGCGGAAGUAUCCCCCUCUGUAUAGGUGUCUUUAGUUAUCAUGGAUCGGCCUCCAGUCCAGCACGGCACAGUCUGCGGACCAUGGGAUAUGAAAGACCGGCUCGGGACUGGGGGGUUUGGGAACGUAUGUCUGUACAAGAACCGGGACACUGGAGAAUUAAUCGCUAUCAAAUCAUGCCGCUUGGAACUCAGUUCAAAGAACAAGGACAGAUGGUGUCAGGAGAUACAGAUAAUGAAAAGGUUGACUCAUCCCAAUGUUGUUAAGGCCUGUGAGGUGCCACCUGAAAUGGACGUUAUGGUGAAUUCAGUGCCACAUUUAGCAAUGGAGUAUUGUUCUGGAGGAGACUUGCGUAAACUUUUGAACAAGCCAGAAAACUGCUGUGGUUUGAAGGAAAGUCAAGUGCUGAACAUAUUAAGUGACAUUGGCUCUGGAAUUCAGUAUCUACAUGAGAACCGUAUUAUACACAGAGACUUAAAACCGGAAAAUAUUGUGCUGCAAGAGAUCAAUGGAAAGAUGGUGCACAAAAUAAUAGAUUUGGGAUAUGCAAAGGACCUUGAUCAGGGAAGCCUCUGUACCUCUUUUGUAGGAACUUUACAAUAUCUGGCUCCUGAGCUUUUUGAGAAUAAACCAUACACUGUGACUGUAGAUUUCUGGAGCUUUGGUACCAUGAUAUUUGAAUGCAUAGCUGGCUUCAGACCGUUCCUACAUAACAUGCAGCCUUUUACUUGGCAUGAAAAGAUCAAGAAAAAGGACCCGAAACACAUUUAUGCUUAUGAAGAGAUGUCGGGGGAAAUUAGAUUCAGCACACACUUGCCACAGCCCAAUAAUUUAUGCAGUAUCAUGGUCGAUCAGUUGGAGACAUGGUUACAAUUGGUCCUGAACUGGGACCCUCAGCAACGAGGUGGAGGUUUGGAUAGCAACACUGGCCGCCCUCAGUGUUUUGUGCUAAUGGAUCAUAUUUUAAAUCUUAAGAUUGUCCACAUUUUGAACAUGACGUCUGCCAAGAUUUUGUCUUUUCUCCUGCAACCAGAUGAAAGUCUACACUCCUUGCAGUCUCGCAUUGAAAGAGAGACUGAAAUAACCACAGUCAACCAAGAAUUGCUGCUUGAGAUGGGAGUAUCUCUUGAUCCCAGGAAACCUGCUUCCCAAUGUGUGAUAGAUGGAGUGAGAGGUUGGGACAGCUACAUGGUAUAUUUGUUUGACAAAAGUAAAACUGCCUAUGAAGGACCUUUUCAACCAAGGCACCUGUCGGAAUGUGUGAAUUAUAUUGUACAGGAUAGCAAAGCUCAGCUUCCAAUCCUACAGCUUCGUAAGGUAUGGGCGGAAGCAGUCCAUUAUGUGUCCGGCUUGAAGGAGGACUACAGCCACCUAUUUCAAGGCCAAAGAGCAGCGAUGCUUAGCUUACUGCGGUACAAUACCAAUCUAACAAAGAUGAAAAACACAAUGGUGUCUGCCUCUCAGCAAUUGGAGGCCAAGCUACAGUUCUUCAAAAAAAGCAUUGAGAUUGACCUGGAACGCUACAGUGAUCAGAUGGCCUAUGGAAUCUCAUCUGAAAAGAUGUUGAGAGCCUGGAAAGAGAUGGAAGAUCGAGCAGUUGGUUGUGCAAAGGCUGGAGAAAUUUCCUUCCUGGAUGACCAGAUAAUGGGCCUUCACACAGAGAUUGUAGAACUGCAGAGAAGUCCCUAUGCUCGCAGACAGGGGGAUGUCAUGGAACACCUAGAACAAAAGGCUAUAGAAUUAUACAAGCAAUUGAAGCCACGAACUCCAGAUAAAGCCUACAGUGAUAGUACAGAGAUGGUAAAAACCAUUGUAUUAACUGUGCAGGGCCAGGAUAAAGUUCUGAAGGAGCUUUUUGGACAUUUAAGUCGACUUCUAGGCUGUAAGCAGAAAAUUAUUGAUUUACUGCCUCAAAUUGAGAUGACCGUGAAUAACAUAAAGGAAGCAGACAAUUCGCUGAUGCAGAUGCAGGCCAAAAGGCAGAGAGAGAUCUGGCACCUUCUGAAAAUAGCUUGUACUCAGAGUUCUGCACGUGCUCUCGGACCUUCUAGCUUAGAAACACCUAGUAUUCCUCGUACAUCAGGCUGGUCAGACCCGAAUUCCCCACAGGCUCUUUCAUCUAUGCUGAUCCCAAAAGACAAGAAAGACACCUUUAAACGUGCCAUCGAUGAAAACUUGUUUUAUCAGAAGCAACUUAGCACAUUGAUUAUGGAAAGCACAAUGGAACAUGAAAGCUUAGUUAGCAUGGACUGGAGCUGGUUACAGCAGUAAUGAAUGUCACAAGUCAAAGACUUAACAUUGUCCCUCCGCCCCCGAUCCCCUCAAAACCUGGGCCUACACAUUUCCCCAAAACGGUUUAUCAACAGUGCCUUCCUUCCCGAUGUUCUCUACCUACCACAGUACAUAUGUUCAUUGUAUGAUAGAAAAAGAGAAACACUCAUAAUUUGCACAUUAGUUCCAUCAUUUUAUUUUUUUAGAAGUGAGAUUUUAGUUGCAAGAUGUAACUCCGGUUUAUAAUAUUUCAAUUUUAUGGAACAUUGCUUAUAAAUGCAAUAUUCAUAUUUCCUCUGAGAGGAAACCAAAGUCAGCAGGCUAUGUACAUUAAACUCCUAAAAUUCUGCUUGUACACAUUUUCCUUUCUCCUCAUGUGAAUGUUUAUAUGAUUUUUCACUUAAAUUAUUUCCCCUUAUCUCUCAAGGAAAAAGCUUACAUUUUUGAAUGUAUCUUCAUUUCAAUAUUAUGGCAUAGAUUACACUUUGCACUUUUUUCACUCCUCUUUAUAUUGAAAAAGCAAGCCAUAGAUCUUAAAGGGGUACUCCGGCGCUAAGACAUCUUAUCCCCUAUCCAAAGGAUAGGGGAUAAGAUGCCUGAUCGCGGGGGUCCCGCCGCUGGGGACCCCUGUGAUCUUCCACGCCGCACCCCGUUAGAAUCAGUCCCUGGAGCGUGUUCGCUCCGGGUCUGAUUACUGGCGAUCACGGGGACGGAGCAGGGUGACGUCACGGCUCCGCCCCAUGUGACGUCACUCUCUGCCUCCUCAAUGCAAGCCUAUGGGAGGGGGUGUGACAGCUGUCACGCCCCUCCAAUAGACUUGCAUUGAGGGGCGGAGCAUGAUGUCACACGGGGCGGAGCCGUGACGUCACUAUGCUCCGUCCUCGUGGUCGAGAUGGACUCAGCCUGAGGACCUCCAGCAGUUCCAGAAGCCGCUAAAGGUGGGUGCUGCAUGGUAGAUCCCGGGGGUCCCCAGCAGCGGGGCCCCCGCGGUCUGGGGGCGGAAUACCCCUUUAAGAUGAGGGGGGAAAAAAAGGAAAAUAUUUUGGUUAAGGAAAAGGGAAAAACAUCAAAAUGCAAAGUGUGUUGGAAUUACGUGGUGUUGUAAAGAGAUCGAAAGAAUUUUUAAGAGAAAUUAAUGGUUUUUCAUAACAUUUUUGACAUGUCAGAUGUUUUGAUGAUAUGUACGGAAACCCCAUUGGAUCAUUCAAAUGAACAGCCAGAAGCAUUUAUCUGAGCGUUGUGCCCAUCUAUUUUUGAUAAGCUGUGCUCAGCCCUCCUUAAAAGGGAAAGAAGCAAUGUACAGACUUUAUGGACUUUUCCUGGCUCUUUAGACCUCAGUCGGUUCACUGAAGAGAAACGGGGUGAUAAGUAAAAAAAAAGGCACAGUGCCCAGCUCAGUUCUUCUGUCCCUUAAGAUUACAUAGUCUUUAAUGGAACACAUUUUUACAAUUAUUCUUAGCACUUGAAUGCCCACCGAUUAUAACUUCUGGCAUGUAACUAUUAGAGAUGAACGAAGUUACAGUGAUUCGAUUCAUCACGAACUUCUCAGCUCGACAGUUAAUGACUUUAGCCUUCAUAAAUGAGUUCAGCUUUCAGGUGCUCCUGUGGGCUGGAGAUUCUCUCCUAGGACUGUAUCCACCUUUUCCAGCCCACCAGAGCACCUGAAAGCUGAACUCAUUUAUGCAGGAUAAAGUCAGCAACUACCGAGCUGAGAAGUUUGUGACAAAUUGAAUCACUGUAACUUAGCUUCAUAGUUACUAGAGAUGAGCGAUGUGCACAUUAGGCUUAUUGGACCACAAAACUUUCCAAAAACAUCUAUUAUAUAAUUAAAAACGGGAAAAAAAUGACCAACACAUUUUUUGUUUUUGUUUUAAACUAUUGAACUCUGUAGUAAAAAUAGUUCUUUGUGUACACAUAUAUUAAUUUAUGGCUUGUACACCAUGUCACCUAUCAAACAUAAAAUUAAAUUGAUCAAAAAAAAAAAAAAACUCAAACUUGAAAUUGCAAAGAUUAGCUCAUAGCCUCACAAGCCAAAAAUUUAUGAAAUGGUUAUUUUUAAAUACCUCUGUCAUUUGUGCUCUUAUGUUUUAUCCUUAAUUUUAUAGUUUCUGUUCUGCUUUAUUUAUUCAUGAUUAUAAUCAUCCAUGUUUAGUUAUUUCAAUCAAGUUCACGACAUGUGGAAAGAUAUGUUUUGUGGAGUAUUUGUCUGUGUAGCCUCUAAUAAAUUACUAUUCUUGA